AUGAAUGGCAAAUCGGCGAGCUGGUCAAUACUUACGAGCCAAGCGCUCCCGCUUCGUUUGGCAUCCUCAUGCUGA